AUUAAAAAAUGUCAUUCUACAGGGCGCGAAUUUCAAUCUAUGAAAAAAAGUAUUCUCAUCUUAAGAAAUUUUAGUUUUCUUAAAUGCAGGAAGCAAAGAAUGUAAUUUUACAAAUGCGUUUUCCGCAAAAGCUAUGGUAUUUGCUAGACUUUGGUACCGACGCAAUUCUAUGGGGUGGAACGGGUCGUACAAUUUUGUUGGAUUACAGGGUUCUUCAGAGCUAUUUACAAUGCGACCAUUCAAUUUUCAAAACGACUAACAUUUCUAGUUUUAUUAGACAAUUAAACUUGUAUGGCUUUCGUAAAGUAACUUCUCACCUCCAGGAUCCUUUGUGUAACUCUAGUAAUCCAUACAUGCACGAGUUUAUACACGAUAAUUUUCAAUACGGAAAACCAGAUUUGUUGAUCAAAAUUACCAGAAAAGCCUUGACAGUGAAAAAAAGUUUUAAACCCAAGGUACGUUUUGCUUACACGGAUCAGCUGAUUUAUAUGUCCCCUUUGCAAAAGGCGCGUCGGGCAUUGCGAAUAGCAUUACAAAAGGCAGCCCAAGAUUUACUUGUCUUGAACAAGCCAAAAUCAGAUAAUAAAUAUGAAUAUGAUGUUAUUCCUGAUGAAUAUUGCGCAGAUGAAGAGAAUGUAGAACUUGAAUGGUUAAUAACAAAAAACACAGAUAAUGAAAAUGGCACUACAUGUGAAUUAACACAACCAGAUACUGUCAACACAGUAAAGGCUGAAAAUACUAUGGUUAAGUACAGAGAUAUACCUCAAGAAAGUCUCAUGGAUUUUUCUGAAGAUGGAUGCCCACAAACUAACAAUUUCUCAACACAAUUUUUAAGCAUGCCAGAUCUUGAGCAAAAUGGGGGUACCUCAGGUGUUGAGUUGUUAGCAGAAUUUAAUAUUGGCAGUGAGAUAGACCAAGACAUUAUUAAAAAAACAAUUGAAAAACAGCCCGAAUGCAAUUCACUAAAUUGUGUUUUGCCUUCAGUAAGCAAUGAGCAUAUUGAUGAAGUUUCAAUGUUGGAGAAACAUAAUGAGGACAUGAAUCACUAUAACAAUGAAUGGGACCAAAUGUUUAAUGAUAUGAUGUCUAAUAAGAGUUCUAAUCAAGAAGGGGUUUCAAAUUUACGGGAACUCUACUCACAAAUCUCACAAACUAUAGAUUUGUUGAAUUCCUAACUGUGUGGUGGUGU